GGAAGACUUAAAUACAGUUCAUCCAGCCUAGCUCAUCAUCAGAUCUGAUCAGUGCUCAACUAGAUCAUCACUCUGAAGACCUCCAGACGUUCUCUUCCAGAUCAACUCUGCUUUGAAGACAAAAACCUUCCACGAUGCAUAUUUUCUUAGCCCUCAUGUGUGUGGCUGCUGCCACGGCCGACCUUGCCCCACUUCUCGAGAACUCUGAACCCAUCCUGGGAAAGUACAUCAUCAAACUCCGCGAUGACACCAAUCUCGAUGAAAUCGCUUCUACCGUUCGUCUCUCUGGUGGGAAAAUAGGCCACUUUUUCCGACGCGUCCUGCAUGGCUUUGCUGCCGAUCUUUCAGAUGAUGUCCUCAAAAUUGUCCGUGGACUUCCCGCCGUUGAGUACGUUGAACAGGACGGCGUCUACCGUACUCAGGUUACAUGGGGUCUUGACCGUAUCGACCAAAGGAAUCUCGCCCUUAACAAUGGCUAUAGUCCGAGGGGCACUGGAAGUGGAUAUACUGUGUGGGUAAUCGAUACCGGCGUUCACGAUACCCAUAAUAAUUUUGGUGGUCGUGCAGAUCAAGUAGCAAACUAUGCAGGUGGUUCAAACGAAGAUUGUAACGGGCAUGGAACCCACUGCGCUGGAACAGUUGGUUCCAACACCUAUGGUGUAGCGACGGGGGUACAAAUCAGGGGAGUCAAAGUCCUUGGCUGUUUGGGAUCGGGCAGCACUACCAAUAUUAUCAAAGGUGUGGAUUAUGUUGCUUCAAAGCAAACGGGUAAAGACAUUGCCUCAAUGUCACUUGGAGGAGGAGCCUCAGUAUCUCUUGACAAUGCUGUCAAGAGUCUAAUUUCUAAAGGGGUUCCCACCGCCGUGGCUGCUGGUAAUUCUAAUGAAAAUGCCUGCAACACUUCCCCCGCUCGUGCUUCCACGGCAAUUACAGUUGGAGCUACAGACAGCUCCGACGUUCGUUCCACGUUUUCCAACUACGGUAGCUGCUUAGACAUUUUUGCUCCAGGUACUGAUAUCACCUCUACAUGGCAUACGUCUAAUUUUGAUACCCAUACCAUCAGUGGAACUUCGAUGGCCUGCCCACAUGUUGCCGGUGCCAUUGCCCUCUUUGGAAAGUCGACUUCUUCAAUGCUAAAUGAUGUUUCUUUAUAUAAGAUCAGUAAUGUAGGAAGUGGUAGUCCAAACAAACUUCUCUACGUCGGAUAGAUGACAGAGUGCGGCCGGCUCCAAGUGAAACGAAGAAGAGUUGUGGAACAUGAAAUUUAGUUCGAUUUGCUUUAAAAACCAUCUGAAUGUUUGAUUACUUCAGAAGUUAAUAAAUUACGCGACACAUAUAACAUGACAUGACUUUACAAAAUGCUAUUUCCCGCAAGGGGUAAAUUUUUAUCUAGAUAUCAAAUGUAAACGCGGGGGAAACUGGCAUGUGUUGCUUAACCUGCAUGUUUUAAGAAAAUUUUUCCUUUCUCCAUGUUCAUUAUGUCCUAGCCAGUCAAUGUUUUCUUCUUGAAAAAUGGUCUAAUACCGCACCGAAAAUAUCUAAUUGGCCAUGAUAAUAUUCAAAUUUAUUUGCCUGUGUGCAUCGAUAGAACGAGAAUUGUAAGAAUAUUUUCUCCAUGAUAUAGUAAUAACAUCAUCUUUAUUAGACAAUCAAUUAGUUUGUAUUCAUUUAUCAUCAACAGCAUAUAUGGUCUCCUCUGAGAAGAGACAUUCCGUGAACUAAAUGACUUUUUGGAAAAUAUUCACGACUAAUUACGCCUUUCACAUGAUCUCCUCAUCAGCAACACCAAGUUAGCCCCCGAUAAUUGCUGAGCCUUAGAUUGUCAAUACUAUCACCUGAAAAAUGUUAUCGAAUUAUUAACGAAUAAAACCUAAACCGUUCUGCAUCAUUUCUUGUAGCGUCUGGUUUGUUUUGAGAGAGAGAGAGUAGCAAGCGUUAUUAUGUCAUGGAUUUAUGGGUAUGGGUGACACACCACAUUUAUGUCUAGAGUAGAAGUAUGCACGUUCGCAACGUCAAGAUUAUUCUUAUUAUCACAAAUCAUAUAUAUCCGUUUAAGUAUCCAUUUAUGUUCCGUAUAAUAUUCUGAACGUACAUUCUUGUUUUAACUUGGUAAGCCCCACCUAAUGAUAAUAGAGCUCGGAUCUCAUUUCUCCUGUAACAGCAUCUGUCAAUCAGAGUCAGAGCCAAUGACCCACAAUUGCAUGGAACCUCCCACAACUAAACAAGUACUGAAGAUAACAUUCCAUUCUUUCACGCAAAACCUCUUCAAAGCGAUGCUAAAGCAUGCCUGACAAAGCUAAUAGGUGGUCAGCUCUGACAAAGCUAUAUUCCCUCAUUAAUAUCAUCUUAAAAACC